AUGGGCCAUACUCCACGUCCACGUUGCAGGAAGACUGCAGGUCGGAGAUGGGUCACGGUGACGCAGCAGGACUUCAAGCAGCACUGCAUGGACCGAGCUCGUAUCGGCCAUUCCUCAGCUUCGAAGACCUACCUGCACCCUGAGACCUGGAGCGCUUUCUGGAAUCAAGGCUUGAAGCGCUCACUGGAAGUCUUGGGCUUCGCAUCCCUGACUGUGCAAAGCCAGAGAAUCUUGUCACCCCUGGGUUGGCAAAACCAAACCCUGGUUUGUGCCAGUUGGCUGGAGGACGACGACAGCUGA